AUGUAUAAUCCUGGUAAUUUUUAUGAUUUCUUUAAUACUAAUUUUUUUUAUAUAAGUUAUACUGAUGAAUGUGAGAAUUUAGAUUCAGAUUCAGAAAAUGUACAUAAUGAUUUAGGAAAAAUUAAAGGCAUUUUGGAUAAUUUAAUUAAUAAUAAAAUAAAUGGAGUUAAUCUUAAAGAACAAAACUGUGAUUCAUUCAAUAAAUGGAUUAACAAGAAAAAAUCAGAAUACAUAUGCAACAGAGAUAAUGAUGAAAAUCAUAUAAAGGAAAUUUUUCCAAUACAAUUUUGUAUGAAUACCAAACUUGAUGAUUGCUGUGAUGUGGAAUAUACACAGAACUAUUCUAAAAUAAAAAAGUUUCUAUAUAAUAAAUAUAUAAAGGUGUGUUCAAUAAAAAAUAAUAUAAAAAACAGCUAUUCCCCUAAGAAUACUGAAGACUUUUUCUUAGGAUCGAAAAGGAAAAGAAUUAAUAUACAUUACCUAUCUCAGGACUUUGCAUAA